AUUGCAACGAGGGCAGGCUGCACACUGCCAUACCGAGCGCGGCUCUGCACAGCUCCUGGGCUGUCUCGCUGCAGGCUGAGAAAGGCUGCUCCAGGGGAAGAGGCCUUGGCAGGACAUCUUCCUUUUCCUCCUGCCCCGUUGAUUCUGACCCAGAAGCCAUGGCGCCCACAGGCAAGACUGGCAGGUACAGGGGCUCCGUGAAGGAGUUCCCGAACUUCACCGCGAGCCAGGAUGCAGAGGCGCUGUACAACGCUAUGAAGGGGUUCGGCAGUGACAAGGAGGCCAUACUGGACCUGAUAACGUCCAGGAACAACAAGCAGAGAAUCGAGAUCAGCCAGGCCUACAAAUCGCUCUACGGAAAGGACCUGAUUGCAGACCUGAAGCGGGAGCUGACGGGGAAAUUUGAGAGGCUGAUUGUGGGUCUGAUGCGGCCCCUGGCAUACUUUGAUGCCAAGGAGAUUAAAGACGCCCUUCAGGGCAUUGGCACUGACGAGAAAUGCCUGAUUGAGAUCCUGGCAUCCCGGACCAACCAGCAGAUACACAACCUGGUGGAAGCCUACAGAGACGCCUACGAGAGGGAGCUGGAGGCGGACGUCCUGGGAGACACCUCGGGCCACUUCAAGAAGAUGCUCGUUGUCUUGCUUCAGGGCACGCGGGAGGAGGACGAUGUCGUGAGCGAGGACCUGGUGGAGCAGGAUGCCAAGGAUCUUUUGGAAGCUGGCGACCUGAAGUGGGGCACAGACGAGGCCCAGUUCAUCUACAUCCUGGGAAACCGAAGCAAACAGCAUCUCCGCCUGGUCUUUGAUGAGUAUCUGAAGAUUUCCGGGAAGCCCAUCGAGGACAGCAUCCGGGGCGAGCUGUCCGGGGACAUUGAGAAGCUGCUGCUGGCAGUGGUGAAGUGCAUCCGGAGCACCCCAGAGUAUUUUGCUGAAAGGCUCUACAAGGCCAUGAAGGGGCUGGGGACCAAGGACAACACGCUGAUCCGCGUCAUGGUCUCCCGCAGCGAGAUCGACAUGCUGGAUAUCCGGGAAGUGUUCAGGACCAAGUAUGAGAAGUCCCUGCACAGCAUGAUUAAGGACGACACGUCCGGCGAGUACAAGAAGGCCCUGCUGAAGCUGUGUGGGGGAGAUGAUGAGUAAGCACGCCCGCCAUGCCC